UUCCUCACAUGCACCAAUCUUUUGCCCUUUAAAACUAAACCAUUUAAGCCAAAACUCUUAAAUUAGCCUUAUACAUUUAUGUGUCACAAGUUUAGUAAUAAGUGAAAUGACAAUACUCGCAUUAUUCCUCGCCUUGUUAAUUUCAACAUUAUUACAUAAUGUUGUUGUUCAUGGUGAGAAUUACUCGUAUGUUAAUGAAGCAUGUAGUGUGACAAGAUACCAAGACCUCUGUGUCAAGUCCUUAUCCUCCUACUCAAACAACGCGAAAAGGAGUCCUAGCCGUUGGGCACGAGCCGGGGUGUCGGUGACCUUAUCGGAGGUCAAGUCUGUGUCACAAUACGUUAACACUAUGACGAGUGGUGGUCAUAUGCGAGGAACACGAAACAGGGCUGCUCUGGCUGAUUGUGUGGAGUGCAUUCAAGAUGCGCUAAACAAUCUUCAUAAAUCACUUGGAGUGUUAAAAAGGCUUAAUAAUAAUGGUGGGUUUAAUGAGCAAAUGAACGAUGUUUUAACAUGGUUAAGUGCUGCUUUAACUAAUCAAGAUACUUGUAUUAACGGUUUCGAGGGCGGUCGGAAAAAUAAGGAAAUUACUAGUUUGUGUGAUAAGGUUCAGAAUGCUAGUUAUAUUACUAGUAAUGCUCUUGCUCUUGCUCUUGUUAAUAAGCUUGCUUCUACUGGACUGCAACACUAUUUGGGUGCCAAUCCAUAGAUUUCUUUCGUCGAGAAAAAAAAUAUAUAGGGAACUUAUUAAGCAGCUAAUUAAAUUAAUUUUACGUUGUUUAAUUAGUGGAUUAAUUAUAUUAAUCAGAUCGAAGAUGAUGAGUGUCUGAGGAUCAAUUGUUGGUUGUUAUGUCUUUCGAUUUCAGAAACGAGAAAUUUAAGCAUCAUACGAUGAUACUAUGUUAUUAUGUUA